UAUGAACCCACUGUAAUGUGAUAACAUGUUAUUCUCAUCUUCCCCACAGGAAAAAAAAAGAAAAAGAAUCUCUCAGUUGAUCGUGUACAUAUAUGCUCGAAAUGCAGCCUAAAUUACAUCACAUUGCUGCAGUGCUGCACUGCCCAUGAAAGGUGUCAGUCGUUUCCUCUGACACCAAGCAUUUGUCCACUGGCCACUUGGCUCUGCAUCUGCUGAAGACAUCAUGGCGUGACAACAUGUAUUCGUUUGUAUCGGGCUCUUAUUACGCAGGUGGGCGCAUGCACGAGGAGUAAGAGAGGGCGCAUUUUCGGAGGCUGCCUGUUCCUCAGGACACAGCGAGAUUUCCUGCCACAUCCCGCCCGGAGAAAUCGACCGCAUCGCUUUGUUGAGGGGAGCGCGCAUACCAAGCCAUGUAUGAACACUAAUUGCUCGCAUGGGUACGCAUUGUCGGCCUAUUAGAGGAGAAAGAAGAAGAAGAAAAAAAAACACAGUGUGUCAGUGGAUGGGUGGGAUUCCUUUCAUUGCGCUUCAGACAGGGGAAGUUAUGACAACAAACGGCUGCCAGUAAAACAGGCGUGAUAACUGCGCCGCGGUGCUGUAAUUACGAGAGUUUUCGACCUUGGAGAUCUCUUAGCGGACUUAAAGCCCGAAUUUGACGCCAACCUUCAACCGCCAGAGGCUUUUUUUUUUUUUUCUUCCAAGAGCGCAACCCAUCGCGUCCAAACGAGCCCCGGACUGCAGUUUUCUGUCCCGACUCCCAUCUGUGCUGCAAUUCAUAUCAAGCGCGAGCUUUAUUGGACAAUUUAAUCCACCGUAUUCCUGCGUUAAACCCUUGCGCGAGGGGACUUGAUACGGCCACGUACUGACGCUUUAACCCCCUUUUUGUGCACGGCUCGGACGCAAGCCUCGGACUCUCCUGCGCUUUUGGAUUUUUUGCGCGUUUUUGGCUUUACAGUUUCUGCCCUUACGUCUCAAUCGGAUCGUUCUGGGAUUUAAGGUGGGGUUUUAUCGCGACGCAGGUAACUGGAAGAUACCCCACAGUCCCUGCUUGAUGACACUUCAGCUGCACAUUGUCACUCAUCACGUCCGCUGGAUUUUUCAGCACCAGCCCCAAAGAGAAGCUUUUUUUAUUUUUUAUUUUUUUGUACGUGUGCAUUUGGAAUAAAUGAACUCCCGUUGCCAUCUGAGAGUCGUGGUGAAUGUAUCCAGUGUGACAAGUGUGUGGACGGCGGAAAUCAUGUGCAAUCGGAUCAACCCUUCGGCGUCUGCUUUAUUAGUGCCACUUUUGACUGCUUUGAAGUGAACCCCGUGAGGAGCAUCCAAAACGACUCAAUAUUCUGGUGGUGCUUUCCCGUGACGCCAGUGGGAGUCAAUUGCCUCAGCUCUGCCUCUCUGACCGCCAUCUGAUCGGGAUGCUGAUGUGAAACCUGCGAUGGAGACCGGGGCUUGAUAUCUGGACCUGGAAACUGAUCAACGAUGGACCGUCUGGUUCUUUGCGUGCUGCUGAGUGCAGUUCUGGUGAAGGGAUACAGCUGCCCCGGCCGCUGCAUCUGUCAGCACCUCUCCCCCACUCUGACUUUGCUCUGUGCUAAGACGGGUCUGUUGUUUGUACCACCCGGCAUCGACCGCAAGACCGUAGAGCUGCGACUCACAGACAACUUCAUCACCAUCAUCCGCAGGAAAGACUUUUUCAACAUGACUAGUUUGGUCCACCUCACCUUGUCCCGAAACACCAUCAGCCAGAUCACGCCGCUGUCCUUUGUCGGCCUGCGAUCCCUGCGGGCUCUCCACAUGGAUGGAAACCGCCUCAGUGUGAUAAAGACUGACCACUUUAAAGGCCUCAUCAACCUGCGGCACCUCAUCCUCGGAAACAAUCAGAUCCACCAGGUGGCCCCCACCGCCUUUGAUGAGUUUGUUUCAACUAUAGAGGACUUGGAUAUUUCCAGUAACAACCUGCGCGGCCUCCCCUGGGAAGCCAUAGCCAGAAUGACUAACAUUAACACGCUCACACUGGACCACAACCUGAUUGACCACAUUGAAGCGGGGACUUUCACGUUGCUCACCAAACUGGUCCGCCUGGACAUGACCUCUAACAGGCUGCAGAAACUGCCGCCAGACAGCCUAUUCCAGCAAGCAGAGGUCCUAUCUGACAUCAAGGAUUUCAGCUCCUCCACACUGGCAGUGAGCUUUGGUGGAAACCCUCUUCACUGUAACUGUGAGCUGCUGUGGCUGCGCAGGCUGACAAGGGAGGAUGAUCUGGAGACCUGUGCCUCGCCAGACCACCUCAUGGAUAAGUAUUUCUGGUCCAUCCAAGAGGAGGAGUUUAUCUGUGAGCCUCCGCUGAUCACCAAGCAUCUUUCUACUAAGCCCUACGUGAUGGAAGGGCAGGGUGUGACUCUUAAAUGCAAAGCAGUGGGUGAUCCGGAUCCAGAUAUUCACUGGCGGUCACCAGAUGGCAAGCUGGUGCAUAAUAACUCCCGCACCAUUCUGUAUGAUAAUGGGACCCUUGAUAUUCUCAUCACCACGCUGAAGGACAGCGGCGCAUUUAAUUGUGUGGCGUCCAAUGCCGCAGGCAUCACCACAGCUGCUGUUGAGAUCAACAUGAUCCCCUUACCCUUGUUUGUUAACAACACAGGCCACAUGCGGGAGGACCCCGGCCUCUCAGACAUCACCACCUCCUCCAAAUCUGGCAACGACACCAAGGGCUACGACAAGCUGGACAGGAGGGUGAUGGUCACCGAGCUGACCUCCUCCUCCGCUGUGAUCCGUUGGCCUUCUGAGCGCCACAUCCCCGGCAUCAGGAUGUACCAGAUUCAGUACAACAGCACGGCAGAUGAUACUUUGGUGUACAGAAUGAUCCCAUCUACCAGCAAGAACUUCUUAAUCAAUGAUCUGGCCGCAGGACGAGAGUAUGACCUUUGCGUGCUGGCGGUUUACGACGACGGCAUCACAUCAUUAACGGCCACACGUGUGGUUGGCUGUGUGCAGUUCCACACGGCCAGUGAGAUCAGCCAGUGCCGCUUCAUGCACAGCCAGUUUCUGGGAGGCACUAUGAUCAUCAUUAUUGGUGGUAUAAUUGUUGCUUCCGUGCUGGUGUUCAUUAUCAUCCUGAUGAUCCGUUACAAGGCCUACAGCGGCCCAGAAGACAGCAAGAACAAGGUCAGCUCCAGCAUGCACUCGCAGACCAAUGGCAGCCAGCAGCGUCUUCAGCGCUCCACCUCCAAGCAACCGUCUGAUGAGGGCCAGCGUGAAGCUCACGCGCCCAAAGAGUGCAUGGCGCUGGUGCUGAGGGUGAACAAUGACAAGAAAGAGAAUCCAGCAGCCACCACUGCCAUCUUGGAGGUGGAGCUGCCGCCCAUGACUGUAGACAGGAUGAAUAGAAGAACCAGCCUGGAUGCACAGUGCUCUGGCCCCCCAUCUGAGGACACACAGACGGACAGUAGCCUGACGGGCUCCACCAUGUCCCUGUGUCUCAUAGGCCCCAACGCUGGCACCAAGGAGGCUCCCAGGCUCAAGGACAAGAAAAGUGCUCUGGCCAACAUGGGAUUGCUCCCUAAUGAGCUGGCACGAACUAGGCACAGAUUCUCUUUUGACGGAGGGGAUUACUCCAUUUUUCAGAGUCAUAGUUACCCACGCAGAGCGAGGACGAGGUGGCACAAGUCCACCAACCAGCUCGACAUGGAGUCCUCGCCGCUUGCCAACAGGAGAGUUACGUUCAGCAGCACUGAGUGGAUGCUUGAGAGCACAGUCUGAGGAAAGCGAUGUAGCCGGGGAAAAACAAAAAAACGGCUCUGCAACACACAGACACACACAUGUUCAAACACAAGUAUCUCUACAUGCCAUAUAACACACACAUUGUUGCUGCACACAGCAAAUGACGAACACAAGCACAUGUACUUACACAUGCAAACUUUCUGUGAGUUGCUGGAGAAGAUCACAGUCUCAGUCUUUGUCCUGCCUCCCUCAUCAUACUCCCAGAGAGGUUUGUUGGCCAUGUCGUUUCUUCAUGCAGCAGUGCCUUACUCUGAAAAAUGUACGAAUGGAGGAUGCUGCUCACUGUAGUCAUGAACCGUCCCAUCAUUGCCUCCCACCCUGAUGAUGGGAGGCAUUUCUUUGGAUUUUAAUUUUCUCAUUUUUUUCUGUGACAUGCCAAGGAGAGUGUGGCGUUUGGAUGUGACUGUUUAAUUGUUAAAAAAAAAAAAAAAAAAAAAAAAAAAAAAAAAACUUCCAUCAUAACUGUAAAGUGAACAGCCAGGUAUCCUGUUAUGUCAAUCAUGUUUUGGGUUCUUUCAACAACAACAAAAAAAGACUUUUGCACAGAAGACACGAAAUACAAGGACAGGUAACACCACCAGUCUAUACAAUAAUAAUAAUUAAAAAGAAGAACAGGAUUUUACACAUGCCGAUUUCUAAUGUUAGCAUAGAGAGGAUGGACCUGGAAACCAACCGUUGAUUCCUCUAUGACGGUCGGACUGUAUGAUGUUAAAUAGGUAUUGUUCCAGAUGUGGCUGUAUAUUAAUCAGUACUGUAUCUGGCUGGCCUAGAUAAAAAGACAACAAACAAAAAAGACAUAUAUAAAUAUAUUAAAACAUUGGUGUAUCUGUACUAACUAUGUAAGUAAGUAAGUCAUGUCACAUGACUUUUUACAAAGCAUUUGGGUGUUGGCUGCAAGUUUUUACAUUAAAAACCUGUGUCAUGACACCGCUCCCUAUUUAGUAUGUCAAAGUUUGGACCAUUUAUCCCCUCACGAAGGGUAUUAAAUUUUUUGUGUGGGUUAAUUGUAUCAGGUUGUUCUUUUUGCUUCAGGAGCAGCAGUGUGUGUCCGCUGCAGGGCGGGACACACAAAUCGAGAUGAUAAAUAUUUGAUUCCAGAGUACUAUUUAUAAGGCCUCUGUGAAAGCUGCACAACGACCACGGAAGCAGAGUGGGGUGUGGGACGACGAGGGAUAACCGAACGUGAUGCUGAAUUCAAAUGCAGCCAGUUGGUAUUAACAAGGGUGUAAGAUCACUCGCAUCCCACUAGGGGGAGACGAGGCUCUGUAAAGUUCCCAAUACCUUGCAGUAUGCAGGGAAGACGAUAUAAUAAUCGUUAUUAGCAGAAAGCCUGAGUAGCAUCCUGCUAGUACAUUCAGUUUUCUCUUAUUCUGGAUAAAGCUUAGAUCUUGAAAAGGAAGUAACACUUCACUUAAACCCCACCUAUUUAUCACAUAUAAGCAGUACUGUAUGUACACAGUAAACUAAUGGCUUUAUUAUUAUGAUGUAGUGCAAGCAGAGAUAAGGAAAUCUUUAUUAAUGCGUUUGUCUAUAUCUAGAACUCCUUUUGUGAAGCAUCUGUAACUGGUUUAUGAACAGACAAUGGAUGAUUAAUAGUACACCGCUGUAAUCACAUUAAAUGAUAAGCGAUAACACACAUGCACAAAUACUCACAGUGUAUUACAAAAAUGUAUGGUAAUGACAAAACAAUCACUUACCAGCAGGAUUAAAACAGUUUAUGAAUAUGUUGUAUGAAAACUCUCGAAGACAUUUUGAGCUUUCAACUGCAUCUCAUGGCCUUCACUGUUUGUCCAGUUGUCAUGGAGAGUGAAGAAGGCAUGUUUAUGAAUAGCUAAAUAAGCCAUUGAAAAAAUAUUUACGAAUAUUUGAGGACAUUUUUGUCUGAUUAAAACUGUUAUUGUGAAUCAAUCAUUGUUUAUAAGCCAGUUACAAAUGCGUCAUAAAAGGAGUCGUAGACAAAUCGACUCAUAAACACUUUCAAGUGUACUUAUAUCUGCUUACAGCUAAAUCAUCAUGUGUUGUAAACCACUUAUAAUUGUUUAUAUUGCAUAUAAUACAGGGGGUGAAAUAAGGCGUUACAGAAAAAGGCCUGCCAGUGGGAAAAGAUAAGAUCACAGUGCAUGAGGGAUAUUUGUUUGCUGCCACCCUCUCCCCCUGAUUACAGCUCCUUAGCACAGGCUGAGAUGAAACUGAGCUGCGUGGACAAGCAAAGAGAUAAAAUAUGGAGCAGAGAGAUAAGCCACACUGGAGGUUUUCAAUCCUCUCGAAUCUCCUAUUUGCAUCCUCAGUGACGGAGACGAUGGAGUCUAAGAACGUUGUGAUCCCAUCCUUUUCCGUCUUCGUUCUUAACACAUUUUCUGUCAAAAAACAUUCACAUUUUUAGCCUGAAAUCUUGUUUUUGCGCUAGAAGAAGACUUAAAUUUAGGGUUUAAAUGCUCAGCUGUCAAUUUGUGGUGCUGACAUUGUUUCAACCCCUGUCCGUCUCCUCCAUAACUACUGAUGGUUUCCAUUGUGGAAAUGUGCUGCUGACCAUUUCUCACAACAGGAGAAGUGUUCCACACAAAACCUGCUUAGGCAGGAGGAGGCUGAGACUUCACCCAGUCUUCAAAAUUGGCCAUGGCAGCUAAACUAGUGAACACUCGGGGUACGGCAAAGCGUGUAAUGUCUCCUCAGCAGUUGUGCCUCGACUCCGUGAGAGUUUUUCAUAUAUAAUUCAUGGUAAUGAGUGUUUGAAACGUCCAAUCUCAACAUGGUUUGUAGGUUUUAGCAUAUAAAGUCCUCUGUGCUUACCAUGCUGGAUAACUUCAUACCAUAUACCAUAUUCUAACUGUGCUGAAAUGUUAUCGUUUUUUUUCUUCAUCAUUCAUUGUCAUUGACUCCAAUCUGCAAUGUUUCGAUUCCAAUUGGAUCCUUUUCUUGUUGGUUUCCCGGUAGCCUUGAACCUUUGCAUAACUACACUCGUUCUUAACUUCACAUUUCAAAUAAUUGACGUACCAUUUCUAUCUAAAAACCCGGACACUUUACUCACAGUUUCUGUGGAGAGGCAUUUGUAUCAAUUCAAAGAUUCAUUUUGUGUUAACAGCCGUUUUCUAAACUUGCUACCAUCUCCACCAUUUGAGGAGAAUUUCAGUUAUAGACAUUGAUAAAAAGUCGCGCUGAAUAGCGAGGAAUGGGUUUUUUUGGGGAGCAACACAUAUUUCAUUAUUUAUUAUGUAGAAUGUAUUUAUUUGCAUUUAUUUCUAAAGAAGAAGUCUACAGCCAUACUAACGGUUCUAUGAUGCUGCACUGCUUUGAGCAAUAUACUAACAUCAACCUGCCAACAUGCUCACAAUUAGGGAUUUUCCAUACUGGAGGACCAUGCCAUGAACUGCACAGCACAGCAAGGUAGAGAUGUCUGACCUUGCUGCUGCUAGUCACAGUAAGAGCCUGUCGCCUGCAGCCAUUUUUAGCUCACUAGCUGUUUGUACUGCUCCUCUCUGCAAUAUGUUAAACUGAUCUGCUGACCAAAUAGUGCAGAAUCCCGAUAAAAGCAUCCCGCGGGUUCGCCAGAGGAAUGCUUUUAGUGUGAAGCAGCAACAGCAGGAAAGAUUUGAUUUGCAUCAGCAGUAAGUUGACACAGCUAAUAUAGGUCUGAAAGUGGUCAGUAAACAGUAGUAUAUCUGAAAGGACAAACAGGAACGCAGGAGUUAAACCACAAGGAUUCAGAUAGAAGCCACAAUACCACUGAGAGCUGAACACAUAGAUACUUUCAAAACAGAGCUGUCUGUCUAGUCUCCAGCACAGGACACAAUGUAGCUGUUGAGGACACA